UUGCCACAGUUCAGUUUGUAUUAAAAAUAAAACAAAGGAGCUUUACAGCAUGCCUCAUAAGACGAAACGUCUUAAAACCAUCAAACAAAGAAACCAAAUUCGAAGGCAGAACAGCACCAGAUCUAACCAGCACCAUCAACACUGUGAAAGACGAAGCAAAGACAAAAGACCAUGUAGUGAUUGUCAGGAUUGCAGUUGCUCACUCAAACGUUCCAUAAAAGAAAAGCCAUUUGCUAAGCCAUUUCCUACACAGAAGCCAAGCAUUAUCACUGAAGGUCGUCUUACAUCUAUCAGAGGCCUCUUCAGCCAUGAGGUCAGGUCUGUGGACAUUGAAAGACUGAUAGAGGAAAAGAAAAAUCAAAAGCACACAGAAAAGCGUGAAACACAAGCCACUGCAAGUAAUUCCCCUUCUCCUUCCUGUGUAAUUCCCCAUUCAACACCCCCUGCUGUGAUUGCUGAAACAAGUGAGAACGGCAUUUCUGCAUGUACAAAUAAAGAGGAAAUACAUAAUUUACAGACUAAUUUAGAAGAGACUGACCCUAUGACUAUGCACGGUGAAGAUGAAAAUCACAGGUAUAACCAGACAUCAAAAGCUACUGAUAAUACUGCCAGGUCUGCAAGCCCAUCGGGUCAGAAAGGAAUUCAAGAAGCUGUGAUUUUGUCUUCAUCAGAAAGUGAUAGUGCACAUAAGUCUUUUCCAACAUCCUUCAAAGUCACCCCAAAUGGCCAUAAAGCCACACCUAAAAAGAAAAGCGCACACAUUCAAAAGCAAACAAAGAAGACAAUUGCUUUAAUGGAUGUGCAACCUGAUUUUGUAAAUUCUGAAAGACUUUGCAUCCCUGUGGAUGCGCCACAAUUUAAUCCUAGUCCUCCAAUCGUCCCAUUUUCUUCACCCACACUGGAUCGGAAAAUAAGGGCAUUGAGAGAUGAAAGUCUGCACAGUAAACCUGGUUUUUCAUCCAACGAUGAAGCGGUGAGUAGAAUCGCAGCUCGGCUCUGUCGUGAGCUAAGCCCUUUUCCAAUUCAGCGCUGCUGCCCUCUGCUGACAGACUGCAGUGAAGUGCUCCUGCAACACCUGCAUGAACGACAUGGGUCUCAGCUGCAUCACAACCUGCACAGGCUUCAGUCACUCCUCAGUGUCGAGGGGUUACAUUCCUCACAACCUGCAAAGAAAGUGUGGCCCAGAAACGAUAUGCAAAAAUAUUUAGACAACACACAUCUGUAUUUCAGCUAUACAAGAAAACAUGAAGAUGAUCAACCGAAAGAGAUAAUGGAACUUCAGACAGAUAAUCGCUUGCAAAAUGAGGGCUAUUGUGAGAAUGUGGACAUGGGAGCAGCCAAUAAGAGGCAAAGGAAACAAGCCUGGGGGAUAUACUCACCUCAGAAUUUUGUCACAAAACAACCAUGCAAAGAUACGAUAAGCCAGUGGAAUUUAACAGCACCGUCUCAAGAGUCUCUUACAGCAAAGCAGCACUCCAAAUCCCAGACAUUCUCCCUGCACCAGGCCUUCAGUAGGUCUCAAACUUCAACACCAAUGUCUUGCACAGGCCAGAUUUUGUACCCCUUUUUCCUGGAGCCUCAAAAGCAAGUACAAUUAAGCAGUAGUGAAAACAGGAGACACAACACUGCACUGCCACUGCUAGAACAGUGGAGAAAUGACCCUGAUUUAAAUUUUCUGUUCCAAGACGAGAAUUCAACGAGAACCCAUACAUUAUUAGAUCCUCUAACAGAGCUGAAAAAUCAUUCUCCUGACCCCAACAUUGAGAAUGUCAAUGAGAGAAUGCAUUUUGGUGCUUCCAGUACUGUUUCAGCGUUCUUUCCUCCCGAAGGUUUUUGUUAUGAACCUUACUAUCGAUUUCCACAUCCAUCCAACUCCUUUAACAGGUCUGAAAUCUCUAGUAUGAGUCUUUACACUCAGCCAGAUGUUGAAAAGAGGGGUCUGGGUCUAUCCUUGCACUCAACCAAUCCUUAUUUAUAG